AAACUACAUAGGUUUGAAAUCUUUAUUAGAAGAAAAUCAAAAUGAGGGGUUACUACCAGCUGUGUGCCCUUGUUGCCCUGGUGUUCCGGGUUAAUGCAGUACCUCUGGCUAAAGACAUGAGCGAUGAAGAACUUGCAAAGAAUUACUUAAAGAGAUAUUACAACAUGCAAGAGGAGAGCAAGGAGUCGUUUGGGCGUAAGGUCGACGAGAUGAGCUUGAAGCUGAGUGAGAUGCAGCAGUUUUUUGGUUUAAAGGUGACAGGAACUCUGGAUGCUGAAACACUGGAGAUGAUGAAGCAACCUCGCUGUGGGGUUCCAGAUGUGGCUGCAUUCACUGCUGGAUCUUCAAACAACAAAUGGUCAACAAAUGAUCUGACUUACAGGAUUGAGAAUUACACUCCUGACAUGUCUGUGGCUGAAGUGGACAACUCUAUCGAAAGAGCGUUGCAGGUCUGGGCUCGUGUCACUCCUCUAAAAUUCACUCGCAUCUCCACGGGCAUAGCCGACAUCAUGAUCUCUUUUGCUGUCAGAGACCAUGGCGAUGGCUCCCCAUUUGAUGGGCCUGAUGGUCUUUUGGCUCAUGCAUUUGGCCCUGCUCCUGGUCUCGGUGGAGAUACUCAUUUCGAUGACGACGAGACUUUCACCUUUAAAUCUCCUGAUGGAUACGUCUUGUUUUUGGUGGCUGCCCAUGAAUUCGGACACGCCCUAGGCCUCGACCAUUCCCGUGAUCCUGGAGCUCUGAUGAAUGCAAGGUACAUCUACAGAAAUGUUGACCGCUUCCUGCUUCCUCAAGAUGACAUCAGUAAAAUUCAAGCGCUCUACGGCUCAAACACUGAAUUGCCUGUCGGGCCUACACCUCCUGUCACUCCCAAUGCCUGUGACCCCAAUCUGGUCCUGGAUGCUGUUACAACCCUGCGUGGAGAGAUGUACUUCUUCAAGGAGAGAUUUUUCUGGCGCCGUAACCCCCAACUUCCUGAAAUGGAACAAUUCCUGAUUACAAGUUUCUGGACUGAACUUCCAGAUAAUAUCGAUGCUGCUUUUGAGAAUCCAUCAGAUGACUUGGUGUACAUCUUUAAACGUCAGAAGGUCUUGGCUUUGAACGGUUAUGAUGUCGUGAAGCGAAAAAGUAUCAGUAACUUCGGCUUGCCAGCUACAGUGAAGAACAUCGAUGCUGCCUUUUAUGAUGAGUACACCGAAAGGGCUUUGUUUUUUGUUGGCAAAAAAUAUUACAGCUAUGACAUGAACAACAAGAAGAUGGACAAGGGUUACCCUAAAGCAGUGGAAAAAAGAUUCCCGGGAGUGACAAGAAAAGUUACUGCAGCCUUCCAGCAAAGUGGUUUCACCUACCUCUUCAGUGGAACCAGCGUACUUGAGUUUAGUGAAACAACUCUGAUGCGCGUGCUGGGAAACAACUACUUCUUGACGUGCUAGGCCUUUUACGUCUUAAAUAUUUGUAUUAUUUAAUAUUUUAUUUGACAGCAAACAGGAUUAUAAUACAGUAAACUAUUUAAUAAUUCAAAGAGUGAAUUGUUAUUUCAAAUCAUAGUAAUCAAAUUCUAAUUUAUAUCCAAAUAAUACCUGUUAUUUCUUAUAUUGUACUUGGAAUACACUGUUUAUGCUCAAAUAAAACAUGCUUUG